AUGUCGCUAGAUAUCCUAGUGGAAAUCCUUAGGUGGCCAGUGAUAUGGAAAGAUAGAGAGGGACAAGAGCAGGCAAUGGACAUCGAAGUUGAAGAGGAAAAUUGGACGACCUCGAUAAUCAAAUACAUCCGUGACGGGACCCUGCUCCUCGACAAAGGGAAAAAAAGACGCCUCAUCACCAAAGCAGUAUGUUAUACGAUCUUCCGCGAGCAUCUCUACAAAAAGUCUUACUCAAGCCCUCUCCUCCGAUGUGUCACCCCCAAGGAAGCUCAAUACGCCCUAGUGGAGCUUCACGACGGUGAAUGCGGCAGCCACUCUGAAGGUCGAAGCCUAACCCAUCGAGCGCUCACACGUCGGGUACUACUGGCCGACCAUGAGAGCAAAGAUUCGCGAAAGUCAUUCACUCUCCACCCGAAAUGUUAA